AUGGCAGCAACUAAGGUACGGCUAGUUUCCCUUCUAGCUCUCGCCGCCCUUACGGCCACCUCCCAAGCCGGCAAAAUUGCCAUUUACUGGGGCCAAAACGGCAACGAAGGUAGCCUGGCCGAGACCUGCGCUUCUGGCGACUACGCCUUCGUUAUUCUGGCCUUCCUCUGCUCUUUCGGCAAUGGGCAGAAACCUCAGCUGAAUCUCGCCGGCCACUGCAAUCCCUACUCGAAUGGCUGCACAGGACUUAGUAGCGAUAUCAAGUCGUGCCAGGCGCAAGGAAUCAAGGUUCUGCUAUCCAUUGGCGGCGGUGCUGGCUCUUAUAUCCUCACCUCGAAAGAUGACGCUCGACAG